AAGACGGGGAUGCUCAUUAACUGUGCUGACCUCUCACAGUCAUGAUCCUGACAGGUUUCCUCUUUCUGCUCUUCUUCACAGGCGGAAGUACCUCCAAUUACUCAGCGAACACAGAGCUUAUUGAUCAUCAGCAGAAGUCCAAUCAGAGCAUUGAGGGAGAAGGAAGUACCUCCAGUUACCCAAAUCCUCAUGACAAUGAUCACACCAGAAAAGAUGUGAUGAAACCAGACCCUCCAGACAAAUGCAGUUAUCAGGAUGUUUUAAAACACCUGAACCUGUCCAAAAACAAGGAUCUGUACAUCAUGGUCCGACCUGUUAAACACUACAAAGAGACUACACGUGUACACCUCCAAAUGUCAAUGUAUGGCAUCCUAGAUGUGAGAGAGAAAGAUCAGGCCUUCGUUCCUUAUAUUUGGAUUUAUAUGGGCUGGCAAAAUCAACAUAUUUGGUGGAAUCCACCUGACUUCUGUGGACUUGAAAAGAUAGUAGUUCCUACUGAAGCAUUGUGGAAGCCAGAUCUAACUAUUGAAGAAAUGACAGAGAAAGACAAAGCCCCUCCGGUUCCUUUUCUCACAGUCAGAUGGAGUGGUAAAAUUGAAUUUAGGAACGACCAGAUGCUGGUCAGCACAUGCAAGAUGCAAGUUUACAAAUUCCCUUUUGACAUUCAGAGCUGCAGCCUCUCUUUCAAGUCUGUCGUAUACUCUGAUAAAGAAGUAAAGUUUGAAGCCAUCCUUGACUCUUCAAAGAUCACACGGUGGUCUAAUGACUUGAUGCGGACCCAGUACGAGUGGCUGUUCAUCAGCAUGACAGUCAAAGAGACGACCGUCAACAAUUUUAGCUACAACCAAAGCAUGAUCAUUUACACUAUCAAGAUGAGGAGGCGGUCUGUCCUCUACAUCGCCAACUUCUUGGUGCCUGUCCUGUUCUUCUUCUGUCUGGACUUGGCCUCCUUCCUGAUCUCGGACAGCGGAGGCGAGAAGCUCGGCUUUAAGAUCACUGUGCUGCUGGCUGUCACUGUGAUGCAGCUUAUUCUUAAUGAAAUUCUGCCUUCUUCCUCAGACAGGGUACCACUUAUAGCUGUCUACUGUAUUGGGAUGUUUGGUUUGAUGCUGCUGAGCCUCCUGGAGACAAUUUUGGUGAUGCAUCUGGUGGAGAAAGACUCUGCAUCCCAAGGUGAUGAAGCAGUUAAAGACCAAAGCCUGAGUGAGGACUGUGGAGACAAAGACGACAAAGACAACAUGCACAGCUAUGAUGGAAAGGUGAAGAAAUGGACUGACUGUGCUUGUGUCUGUGAUGUGUCUACUGAUGAACCUCCAUCUGAACUGCUGUCGGUGGCCAAAGAGGGUAGCAGCAGCCAUCUGACGGAGGAGUCCCACGCCUUGGAGAAGGUCUCAGAUGAGCUGAGGGAGAUGAUUAAAACACUGGUUCCUCUCCUCGACAGCAGGAAAGAAGAGAAGCCCGGCUACUGGACCAAAGUGACUAAAAUAAUCAACAAGUGUUUUUUCAUUUUCUAUGCCACAGCUGCCAGCCUGUUCUUGAUUGUUAUCUUUUCAGUGUGGAGCACUGCAGCAGACGAGUGACGGUAAAGUUUAGAAAUGAGAUUAAGUCUUUUUUUUCCCCAUUUAACCUGAACCUUAAAAUAUCUGUAGGUCCCAUCUGUAGGACCAAAGAAAGGAAUGAUCCAUUGUUGCUCAGUAUAGACCAUUGAGGGUUACCACCGACUCUUUAGGAACCAAAUACUCCGACCCACAAGGAAAAAAUCAAAAAUAAUUUCUGGAUGAUGACUAAAUGCUUAAGUUUGUUAUUUAUUGCAGAGCCUCUGCUAACACAUCAUUACUAUUAUUAUUAAUUAUUAAUUUUAUCUUAACUGUGCAUUGUUUUUAAUCUUCUGGACACUGAAAUUAAGCACAGAA